UUGCUCUCUGCUCCUUCGUCUUCCCCUUGCCUUCUUGCCAAACAACUCUUGUCCAUAUACUUCCCUGCAUCUUUCCAUUGUGCAUGCCCCAUUGUUCAAAUACUUGAAAUUCUCAUAUAUCAUUCUAAUUUGGAUUAGCAACUUCUCUUUCUGAACCACUUGCUUAUUGCAGCCUUGCAAUUACUUUGCACGUGACUCAUGCUUGAAAGGGGACGAUUGUCCAUUUGAUCAUGAACUCUCCAAGUACCCUUGUGACAAUUACAUGUCAAAAGGCUCUUGCAUUAGAGGUGGUGAGUGCUUGUUUUCAUACAAGAUGCUACCCAAGGACGGUACCUCUACAUCAUUGAAUGCUGACAAACCAGAGAUGGAGUCAUCAGCUCUGCUAAAUAGUAGAGAUUCGAGGAAGGAAGUGAAUAUUGAUGGUCGCUCCUGUUGUACUGUCAACAACUUGUCUAAAGACACAGCUGUAAGGGUGCCAUUCUCCACAGGAACAAUCCCUCACAGAAAACCAGAGCAGACUGUGGUCGGGAAGAGAUUGAAUGCACUCGGUCAGGCACCCAAAGGAAUUAGGUUUCUAUUAAAUAAAAACACACCAUUAGAUGAUUCUAAUAGGGAGCAACAAGGUGACUUGCCUUCCAAUGGGGGUAAUAGCACGGCAAUGUGCAAUCAAAAGAGCAAAAGUGCACCAGACAAACAUCAAAAUUUGAAUGAGAUGCAGCAGAGGGUGCCACCUGCAGUACCACCCAAAGGAAUUAGCUUUCUCUCUAUUGGAAAGUUGCCACUAAGUGAUCCCAGUAAGAAACAAGGAGAUCGUUUUCCUCCCAAACAAGAUGCAGUUGAAAUAUGCAAUUGGAAGAACCAAAGUGUAUCACACAAGCUUCAAAAUCCAAAUGAAACUGCAUUGAGGAUGUCAAAACCCCCAGUUUCUAGUGGUCAUUCAAGGACUCCAUUAGCAGAUGGGAAUGGUAAAUCCAUCCAAAGCUCAGCUCAAAAGGCACUGUCCUCCACACUGGCAUUUGCAGAAAAGUACGAGUCUAAAAUGGGGUUGGGACAUUCUAUCUAUCCCCCUGCUUUUUGUGCUGAGGUGAGUAAAGCAUCAAGGGAUAACAGUAACUUCAGCAUUGGGAAUUCCCAGAAUGAACAAAUGAAAGCUUCUACGAUUUUGGAAGAAUACUUAUUUGGUGUGGAUGAUAAUGGUAACCAGUAAGGUGAAGAGGACAAUGGAGAAGCUCACAUAGCUGAUCUG